AGCUCAACUGAGCAGCAGCAGACAUAACUGUGAGAGAUCGCAGACAUUCAUAAAACCCAACAACGUCAAGCGUCAGCUAAAACAAAGAUUUCCACUCCACUCCAAGAAAAUAAUAUCCUAACGUUGUCUUUCCCCUCUAUCUCACUCGCCUCCUCCUCCGUCGUGCUUGCGGCCGAGCUCUGAGCAAGAGGAAAUGGCUUUCUGCGUGAACCACUUCGACCGCCUCUCCUCCAAAUCCAUCACCAUCCCUCCAUCUCCUUCUCCUUCCUCCUCCUCCAGGGCCCACAACUUCCGCGUCUUCUUCUACCCUUUCACCGGCUUCGGCUCGUCGUCCCCUAAGCUCCAGUCCAAGCCAUGGUCUCUCAGGUCGACGAGGACGGCGGAGACGACGCGUGUCGAGAAAUGUAUCCGAAGCGAGAAAAGGCACGAGCUUGGGUCGGACCCAGCUGGGAAAUCCCCGGCGGUGGGCAAGAGGACCGACCUGAAGAAGAUUAUGAUACUUGGGGCGGGUCCCAUUGUGAUCGGCCAGGCCUGCGAGUUCGACUACUCGGGGACUCAAGCAUGCAAGGCCCUUAAGGAGGAGGGAUACGAGGUCGUCCUCAUCAACUCUAACCCCGCCACCAUCAUGACCGACCCCGACAUGGCGGACAGGACCUAUGUCACCCCCAUGACCCCCGAAUUGGUCGAGCAGGUCCUCGAAAAGGAGCGGCCGGAUGCUCUGUUGCCCACCAUGGGCGGGCAGACUGCCCUGAAUCUAGCGGUUGCAUUGGCGGAGAGCGGGAUUUUGGACAAGUAUGGGGUCGAGCUGAUCGGGGCAAAGCUCGACGCCAUCAAGAAGGCUGAGGAUCGGGACCUGUUCAAGCGGGCUAUGAAGAACAUCGGGCUCAAGACUCCGCCUUCAGGGAUUGGCACUACUAUGGAGGAGUGCAUUGAGAUUGCUAAUGAGAUUGGGGAGUUCCCUCUGAUCAUUAGGCCAGCUUUCACUCUCGGGGGCACAGGGGGUGGAAUUGCAUACAACAAGGAGGAGUUUGAGGCAAUCUGCAAGGCAGGGUUAGCAGCGAGUUUGACGAAUCAAGUCCUCGUGGAGAAAUCCCUGCUGGGUUGGAAGGAAUAUGAGCUCGAGGUGAUGAGGGACUUAGCUGACAACGUUGUGAUUAUUUGCUCCAUCGAGAACAUCGACCCAAUGGGGGUUCAUACUGGGGAUUCGAUUACGGUGGCCCCUGCGCAGACCCUGACCGAUAAGGAGUACCAGAGGCUGAGGGAUUACUCGAUUGCUAUCAUCAGAGAGAUUGGAGUCGAGUGUGGAGGUUCUAAUGUGCAGUUUGCAGUGAACCCCGUUGAUGGGGAGGUUAUGGUUAUUGAGAUGAACCCGAGGGUGUCUCGGUCCUCGGCUCUAGCAUCCAAGGCCACUGGUUUCCCCAUCGCUAAGAUGGCUGCUAAAUUGUCUGUUGGGUAUUCAUUGGAUCAGAUUCCCAAUGACAUUACUAAGAAGACCCCUGCUAGCUUUGAACCGUCAAUUGAUUAUGUGGUGACGAAGAUACCUCGGUUUGCAUUUGAAAAAUUCCCGGGUUCGCAACCGAUUCUGACUACCCAGAUGAAGUCUGUUGGGGAGUCCAUGGCACUGGGCCGCACAUUCCAGGAAUCAUUCCAAAAGGCAGUUCGAUCAUUGGAGUCAGGCUAUUCGGGGUGGGGCUGUGCCCAAAUAAAGGAACUUGACUGGGACUGGGACCAAUUGAAGUACAGCCUGAGGGUUCCAAGCCCUGAUCGGAUACACGCAAUUUAUGUCGCAAUGAAGAGGGGCAUGAAAGUUGAUGAUAUUCACGAGCUGAGUCAGAUCGAUAAGUGGUUCCUCACCCAGCUCAAAGAGCUGGUGGAUACUGAACAGUUCCUUCUCGUUCACAGCUUGUCGACUCUGUCUAAAGAAGACUUCUACGAAGUGAAGAGGAGAGGUUUCAGUGAUAAGCAGAUUGCUUUUGCCACUAAAUCGACAGAGAAGGAAGUGAGGGAGAGGCGAAUUUCUCUGGGCAUUACUCCUGCCUACAAGCGCGUGGAUACUUGCGCUGCUGAGUUUGAGGCCAACACUCCUUACAUGUACUCAUCUUAUGAUUUUGAGUGUGAAUCUGCUCCCACCCAGAGGAAGAAGGUCUUGAUUUUAGGUGGAGGUCCAAACAGGAUCGGGCAAGGAAUCGAGUUCGAUUACUGUUGCUGUCAUACUUCAUUUGCCCUCCAGGAUGCAGGAUACGAGACAAUCAUGAUGAACUCAAACCCUGAGACUGUCUCUACAGAUUAUGACACAAGUGACCGUCUCUAUUUCGAGCCACUGACAGUUGAGGAUGUUCUGAACAUUAUUGAUCUAGAACGACCUGAUGGCAUUAUUGUCCAAUUUGGUGGGCAAACACCCUUGAAGCUGGCCCUCCCAAUCCAACGGUACCUAGAUGAGCACAGACUAACAAAUGCUAGUGGAUCUGGGCCAGUUCAGAUAUGGGGCACAUCUCCCGAUUCAAUUGAUGCUGCAGAGGACCGAGAGAGGUUCAAUGUGAUUCUCAACGAGCUGAAGAUUGUUCAGCCCGAGGGAGGCAUUGCCAAAUGCGAGGCAGAUGCUCUUGCAAUUGCUAAGGAUAUUGGCUACCCAGUUGUUGUUCGGCCUUCCUAUGUCUUAGGUGGUCGGGCAAUGGAGAUUGUCUACAGUGAUGACAAGCUUGUAACUUACCUGGAGAACGCUGUGGAGGUGGACCCUGAUCGCCCUGUUUUGAUUGAUAAGUACCUGUCUGAUGCCAUCGAGAUUGAUGUGGAUGCUCUUGCUGAUUCUCAUGGAAAUGUGGUGAUUGGUGGGAUCAUGGAGCAUAUUGAACAGGCUGGGGUCCAUUCAGGUGACUCGGCCUGCUCAAUUCCAACGAAGACCAUCCCACCCUCGUGCUUGCAAAUGAUUCGAUCUUGGACCACGAAAUUGGCGAAGAGGCUCAAUGUCUGUGGGCUCAUGAACUGUCAGUAUGCAAUAACAGUUUCUGGGGAGGUUUUCUUGCUGGAAGCGAACCCUCGAGCUUCUCGUACUGUUCCGUUUGUCUCCAAGGCAAUUGGGCAUCCCUUAGCUAAAUAUGCUUCCCUUGUGAUGUCCGGGAAGACCCUUCAUGACCUAGGGUUCACUAAAGAGGUUAUUCCCCGACACGUCUCGGUUAAGGAGGCAGUGCUCCCCUUCGAGAAGUUCCAAGGUUGCGAUGUCCUGCUGGGCCCUGAGAUGAGGAGCACUGGUGAGGUGAUGGGCAUCGAUUAUGAUUUCUCAGUCGCAUUUGCCAAGGCCCAAAUUGCUGCUGGGCAGAGGCUGCCCCUCAUGGGCACCGUGUUCCUGAGCUUGAAUGAUCUAACAAAACCCCAUCUCGAGAGGAUAGCCAAGGCAUUCUUGGACCUUGGGUUCAAGAUAGUCUCGACCUCGGGGACGGCCCGUGUCCUUGAACUGGCUGGUAUUCCGGCGGAACGAGUCCUGAAGAUGCAUGAGGGACGGCCCCAUGCAGGGGAUAUGAUCGCCAACGGGCAUAUCCAGCUGAUGGUGAUCACUAGCUCAGCGGACCCGCAUGAUCAAAUUGACGGGAGGCAGCUAAGAAGGAUGGCCCUUGCAUACAAGGUUCCUAUCAUAACCACAAUCGCUGGAGUUCUGGCAAGCGCGGAGGCUAUAAGGAGCUUGAAGAGCAGCACCAUUAACAUGAUUGCUCUUCAGGACUAUUUCGAGGCCGAAACAGUUACAAGCAGCAGCCCGAAAGGCUUGCAAUCCAUGUCUUCCUCUGUAUGAUUAAUUGCGCCAGCUUGUGUUUUGAUAAUUUUGCUUUUGUUGUUUCCUAGUCCUAUUGAAUUAUUCGAUGUGCUCCUAAAAUUAUGUAAUGGACAAGCUUUCAUAAAUCAUCCAGCAGAUGCCUAUUCUCCUCA